AUGGUGGUGAAUUCCACAGCUAAACCCUCAACACCGGUGAAUUCCACAGUUCCACCCUUUACAGCAGUGAAUUCCACAGUUACACCCUCUACAGCAGUGAAUUCCACAGCUCAACCAUCUACAGCAGUGAAUUCCACAGUUCAACCCUCUACAGCAGUGAAUUCCACAGCUCAACCAUCUACAGCAGUGAGUUCCACAGCUCAACCAUCUACAGCAGUGAAUUCCACAGCUCAACCCUCUACAGCAGUGAAUUCCACAGCUCAACCCUCUACAGCAGUGAAUUCCACAACACCACCUUCCAUGGUGGUGAAUUCCACAGCUCAACCCUCUACAGCAGUGAAUGCCACAGUUCCACCCUUUACAGCAGUGAAUUCGACAGCUCAACCCUCUACAGCAGUGAAUGCCACAGUUCCACCCUUUACAGCAGUGAAUUCGACAGCUCAACCCUCUACAGCAGUGAAUGCCACAGUUCCACCCUUUACAGCAGUGAAUUCGACAGCUCAACCCUCUACAACAGAGAAUUCCACAGCUAAACCCUCAAGACCGGUGAAUUCCACAGUUACACCCUUUACAGCAGUGAAUUCCACAGUUACACCCUCUACAGCAGUGAAUUCCACAGCUCAACCAUCUACAGCACUGAAUUCCACAGUUCAACCCUCUACAGCAGUGAGUUCCACAUUUCAACCCUCUACAGCAGUGAAUGCCACAACACCACCUUCCAUGGUGGUGAAUUCCACAGCUCAACCAUCUACAGCAGUGAGUUCCACAGCUCAACCCUCUACAGCAGUGAAUUCCACAUUUCAACCCUCUGCAGCAGUGAAUGCCACAACACCACCUUCCAUGGUGGUGAAUUCCACAGCUCAACCCUCUACAGCAGUGAAUGCCACAAUUCCACCCUUUACAGCAGAGAAUUUCCACAGCUAAACCCUCAACACUGGUGAAUUCCACAGUUCCACCCUCUACAGCAGUGAAUUCCACAGUUACACCCUCUACAGCAGUGAAUUCCACAGUUCCACCCUCUACAGCAGUGAAUUCCACAGCUCAACCAUCUACAACAUUGAAUCCCACAGCUCAUCCACGUUCGACAGUAGUGAAUUUCAUGGCCGAACCCUCCACAGGCAUAAAUUCUACAGCUCAAUCCUCCACACAUGUGAAUUCAACAACUCAACCCCCCACAACAGUGAAUUCCAUAACCCAACUCUCCAUGGCAGUGAAUUCCACAAGUCAACCAUCUAUUGCAGUGAAUUCUACAAUUCAGCCCUCCAUGGCAAAUGUACGGAUUGGCCUGAGAGCAAAGGUCAUUACACAUGGGGUCCUAUCAGAGUCUGAUAUUGAGAAGCUGGUCCUGAUGAAGCUUGAAGAGGAGUUGCAUCGUCUUGGCGUUCAGCAUAACUAUACAUUGCGUGUGAAGAGCACUUAUAAAAUUACUCCCUGAUAGACAUUCACGUCAUAUUAAGUUUUUCACUUUUUCACUUCUACUCAAAUGCAAAACAUAACAACUGGGGUGGUCUCAGUCUUUCCUGUAAUGAAUGGGCCACAUAAAUCAAUGGCCUCUACAUAACUAUGUGUCUAAAUAAUUUCACUCGCUAAAUCUUAAGUAGCUAGAUUUGCCUUUGCUAAAGGAAAAACGGUGCUUGCAGGGCUAGAAAAUAUGAGAAAAAAAUCUAAGCAACAGGUCACAGAAUUCAAAUGUAUAAAACAGCAAGGACAGAUGGAAAUAAAUAAAUAAAUAAAGAAAGAAAGAAAAAAAGAAAGACAAUAAAAGAAGAAAAGAAAGAAUGAAGAAAGGAAGAAGAAAUAAAGAAAAGAAGAAAAAGAAGAAAUGAAGGAAGGAAGGAAGGAAAGAAGGAAAAGAGGGCAAGAAGAGAAAGGAGGAAUUAAGAAAGAAAUGAAGAGAAACAAAACUGGAUUCAUUUGAAUUUAUUAAUUUAGUACUUUUAUUGAAAUAAAUAAUUUACAGUGAAACACUUAUUGCCUCCAUUGUUACUCAAUCCACCAAAUUUAGUCGAUAAAUGGAAUUAAUUAAACUAGAUACUCACAGGCUUGAUUACUACCCGUACUAUUUAAUCAAAACAUCACUUAAAUGGAACCUUUCCAACAAUGUGAAAUAGGCUAAAGGUUCCCAGUUGUUACAUUUCAAUUCAGUUAUUGAAAUAUGAAAUAUAGUGGUAUCCAUGGGAGGGUUGCAAGGCAGAAACCACAGGAACAUGAAAUAUGCUGCAUUAUCUUUUUUUUUUUACCACAUACAUUUGGCAUAAAGCUAACAUAGCAUUUCACAAAAAUAAGAGCAUCAUACCAGCAGUGAAACAUGGCGGUGGUAGUGUGAUGGUGUGGGGCAUGCUUUUCUGCUUUAGGGCCUGGGCUACUAAAAAAAACAGUCUACCAGAAAGUCAUGCUGGAGAAUGUCCGCUCAUCAGUCCAUCAUCUGAAGCUCAAGCUCAUUUGUGUUAUGAAUCAAGACAACAAUCGAAAGCACAAGAGCACGUCCACCUCUGACUGGCUCAAAAGAAACAAAAUUACAGUUUUGGAGUGGCCCAGUCAAGGUCCUGACUUGAACCAUAUUGAGAUGCUGUGGCAGGACCUUAAAUGGACAGCUCAUGCUUGAAAGCCCUCCAGUAUGGCUGAAUUAAAGCAAUUGUGCAAAGAAGAUUGGGCCAAAACUCCUCGACAGUGAUGUGAAAGACUGAUCUACAGUUAUAUAAAGUUAUUGGUUAAGGUGGCACAACCAGUUAUUAAGUUUAGGAAUGCUUUUUAAUAAGGGUGGUAUAAGUGCUGCAUUUUUUCCUUCAGUAAAGGAAAUUAUCAUUUAAAAACUGUGCUGUGUUUCCUCAUGUUCUCUUUGGCUCAUGUUAAAUUUUGUAUGAGGAUCUGAAUUACCAAUUAUAGUGAUAAAUAUACAAAAAUAGAGGAAAUCAGGGUGAAUACUUUUCCACAGCACUAUAUUGUACCGAUCAGGCAUAACAUUAUGACCACCUCCUUGUUUCUAUGCUCAUUGUCCAUUUUAUCAGCUCCACUUACUAUAUAGGUGCACUUUGUAGUUC